CCGGCAAAAAACACCGACACACUCCCUUUCCCUUAAACCCGGGAAUAAACGCGGAGCGGCGGCAGGAGCAGGACUGACCUACCCUGGGUGCGCACCAUCCAUGGUUUGUCCCCUGGAUAUCUGUCUGACAGGAGGGUUGGCGUUACUUUGCUGAAGCAUCAGAGGCAGGCACUUGAGUCCGAGGUGAAGAAAUAAGGAGAGGAGUCUUCCGAGACAGCAGGGGGCAGCAGCAGGCAUGCAGGACUCCGCCUCGGAAAGCAAGAUGGCCAAACAGGAGCAGAACUCCAAGAACCUGGAUGAACAUAGAGAAACAGAUGACAUGUCUGAGAGGACGUCCCCGAACAAAAACCUCAAAUCUCCACAGAGAGGCUCCAAACGAUUUAAAACCGCUCCUUUCAAGGUGACCCUGCUGGACACCGCUGAGUAUGAAGGAGAAAUCGAGCAGAAACAUUCCAAAGGACAGACCCUAAUGGACACGGUGUGUGAGCACCUCAACUUGCUGGAGAAGGAUUACUUUGGUUUGACCUUUGCCGACACAGACAACCAGAAGAACUGGUUGGACCCCUCCAAGGAAAUCAAAAAGCAGAUGCGCAACUCUCCGUGGAACUUUGCCUUUGCUGUCAAGUUCUACCCUCCAGACCCCUCCCAGCUCACUGAGGAUAUUACCAGAUACUACCUGUGUCUGCAGCUGAGGGAUGACAUGCUGUCAGGUCGACUGCCGUGCUCGUUUGUCACUCAUGCCCUCCUGGGCUCCUACACAGUUCAAGCCGAGCUGGGAGACUACGACCUGGACGACCAUGGCUCUGACUACGUCAGCGAUUUCCGCUUUGCCCCCAAUCAGACUCGUGAGCUGGAGGAGAGAGUGAUGGAGCUCCAUCGAAACUACAAGGGUAUGACUCCGGCAGAUGCUGAAAUUAACUUCUUGGAGAAUGCAAAGAAAUUGUCCAUGUAUGGUGUGGACCUGCAUCACGCUAAGGAUUCUGAAGGGAUCGAAAUCAUGUUGGGUGUCUGUGCAAACGGCCUGCUGAUUUACCGUGACAGGCUGAGGAUUAACCGCUUUGCCUGGCCAAAGAUCCUCAAGAUCUCCUAUAAGAGGAGCAACUUCUACAUCAAGAUACGACCUGGAGAGUAUGAGCAGUUUGAAAGUACAAUCGGUUUUAAGCUUCCUAACCACAGAGCUGCCAAGAAGCUAUGGAAGGUCUGCAUUGAGCAUCACACAUUCUUCCGGCUGGUGUCUCCAGAGCCUCCACCUAAGGGCUUUCUGGUGAUGGGCUCUAAGUUUCGAUACAGCGGAAGGACACAGGCUCAGACCAGACAGGCCAGCGCCCUCAUAGACCGGCCUGCUCCGCACUUUGAGCGUUCCACCAGCAAGAGGUACCUGCUGUCCAGGAGCUUGGAUGGAGCAGAGUUCUCGCGGCCGGUAUCCGCCAUGUGCGAGAACCACGACGACCUAUCACACCGCAGCAUCAGUAGACAGCGCCUCCUCCAUAGCCCGUCUGUGGACGAGCAGGAGACCGAGCUGGAGCCCAGUCUGGAGCAAGAUGAGGAGGACAAGGACCAGGAUGAAGAGAUGGACGAGGACUAUGACGGCGAUGUCACUCCGAGCAGAAAGAAAGAGAUCAUGGAGGAGGCUGGCUCGCCAGUUGAGAGUAAACAGGAGCUCUCUCAGUUGGAUCGGGGGGCCUCUCCUCGGCACAAACAGGAGUUUCUGGACAAGUCUAAGGACGUCUUGCUGAAGCACCAGGCCAGCAUCAACGAGCUGAAGAGAGCGCUGAGGGAGCCCAACAGCAAGCUGACGGUAAACCGCGAGAAGCGUCUGUCAUCCAGCUCCCCAACCGGCACCCCAGAGAAGAAGGCUUUGCCCGUCCGAGCGGUCGGAAAGGACACUGUUAACAACCUGUCUGUCGAGGGCUUCAUCCAGAAAACUCUGGUGACUUCACCUGAGGGCUCAGAAGAGUGGGUAUUGAUUGAAAAUCAAGAAAGUUAUCCACAGGACCAUGACCAGAAGGCAGAAGAACAGAACAAAUCUCUCACAUUUGAUUCCUCGUGGGAGAAAAUGGAGCUGAAAAAAGAGAUAGACAUUACCAAGAUGAUAAAUGAAGAGGUAACAGGCUAUGACAGAAAAGAAAUGAAAAGCCAUAUUGAUGAAUUUCCAUCAACAAAAUCACCCAAAGAGGCAGAUGUUUGUUCUGAGCCUCAGCAAACAAACAAAUCGCGUUUUAUGAUUCAAUUAUCUGAGAAUGAAGGAGAGACAACUCAAGACAAAUCUCAAAGUACACCGUCCAAAGCCUCAAACCCUGAGGCAAGUAGUGAUGUGGCCCCAGGCUCAUGCCAGAUAAAGGAACCCAAAGCUUCUAAACCGAGAAAAAAGAGGAGACCCCAGAGCUUAAACCUGGGAAUGCCUGCCGAACUCAUCUACAGGAAAGAAGGCAGUGAUUCUACUGGAGAAGAAAAUGAGGACUCAGACUCAGACAACACCCCAGAAGCCUCAAGAACAGGAAAUCAUUGUGAGCCAUCGCUUGUGGUGAUGAUGAAAGGUGAUCAGGGAUCAGGAAAGGAUCAGCCUGUCAGAGUCAAUGAAGACAACAAACAAGAGGACGUAUCACAAGAAGAAAGCAGGGAGGUCUACGCUCUAGAAGCAGAGACGGUCAAGAGAAAAGUGAGUCCCAUUGGUAUGGCAGAUAUCAAUUUGGGGUCAGUGAACGGACCUGGAAAGAUAGAACAUGAUAGUUCAUUGACGAGUGCUAAAGGGGAAAGUGUUGUGAAGGUUAGAGGGAAGGGCUUAAUUGACAACAAAGAGCUAGCUGAGGUGAAACUGCGACAGGUCAGGACCCAUGAGAGAAAGAUCAGCAGUUCAGGGGCAGAUGAUAUCGAGAGUUUCCUUGGAGACAGAGGUCAGAGGACUUCUCUCCACAGGGUGUCAGGCAGCUUCCAGUCAGAAAUCACCCGGAUUGUUCCUCUGAAGCCAGAGCGGUCAAAGAGUGUGGCGUGUAAGGAUGAGCGGGACAGACCAGGACAGGACGAGCCUACACGGGGCCUCAGAAGAGAAUACCGCUGGUCGGUGGGCUCUCCAGAGGGGCCCGCGGAUCUUAACUGGACCGAUGUCUCCACCUUCCAUCCAGCGUUCGCAGCAGAUCUGGAGGGUUCGGCUAAAGCAGAACAUGCUGAUGACAGCUAUCAGUUCGGUAGAGGACCGACAGAGAGUCAGUCAUUCGGCUCAAAGAUUUCAUCGCUUUCCAAAACGGCUCCCCCGGCCCCGCCAGUGAAAACACAGAAGGCCAGGGAGUCUGGACUUAUACUGCGGAACAGCCGGAAUGCAGGCAGGGAGCCGAGCCUGGACGCAGUCAAGAAGAGACACUCGGAGCCUGUCUCUACUCCUGCCAUUUAUGAAGAGCCGUUUGCUGACUUCAAGAAGGAGCUUGGGGACAGGAGGCCCCAGCCGAUCAUGACCUCAGAGGAAGAGCAGGAGCGGGACACGGUGGCCUGCAUGAGAGAAACCCACCUGGGCAUUGAGCGCAAGUGCUCCAGCAUGACAGUCAGCUCCACAUCCAGCCUGGAGGCUGAGGUCGACUUCACCGUCAUCAUGGACCUCCACUCUGGCUCGGAUGAAUUUUCCAAAGGCAUGUCAGAGCUGGGAGAGAGGGAGCGACAGCCUGAAGUGGGCCGGGAGGACUUUGAGGAGACCUCAAGGUUCUACUCAGCCCGCCUAAUGGGCUCCCGGGACAAGUCUCCAAUGGAGGAGAAGCUUCCUGAGAUGGGAACACAUCAUGAGCCUCCUGUGGCAAAGAAAGACCCCAGUGCUGUUAAUAUGGCUCAUAUGCUGAAGAGGUCUGACACCAAGCCAGAGAACCAUACGAAUGGAUCAGAGGUGCACCCCAACAUCAUGAAUGUCUCACCACAGAACUUCAGCCCGCGGAAGGCUGCUGCUGCUGCCCCUAAAGAAAAUGGCUCCCCUGUAAAACCAGGUACCCAGGAGAGGGAGUCGGUUGUGUCCCCGCUGACCAUCACAGCUGAAAGUGUCACUACGGCAACCACAACUCAAGUUACCAAGACUGUGAAAGGAGGCUACUCAGAAACCAGAAUCGAGAAGAGGAUUAUUAUCACAGGAGACGAUGAUGUGGACCAACAUCAGGCCCUUGCCAUGGCGAUCCAAGAGGCCAAACAGCAGCACCCCGACAUGCUGGUGACAAAAGCUGUGGUUAUCAGGGAAACAGAAUCUCCUACUGAGGAGUUAAAGCAGAAAGCAGAGUCCUGAUUGGUCAUGGUUGCUCCUGAGACAGAGGGCAGGAGAGAGGAUCCUUCAGCUGUGUGUCUCCUGUCCCAGCCUGCAGAACACCACCAUUCAUGAGGACUCCCCAACCCCUUUUUUUGCGCUCCAUAAAGCAGUAGACCUCCACUCCUGUCCCUUUAGACAAAACAAACUGACCCAGCCUCUGACCGCCGCCACUGCAUCCCGUCCUGCCCCGGCCCUCUCCAUCUCCUCAUGAAACAAGAAAAGACUUCUGACGGAUGAUUUAUCACUUGGUUCAAUCAAGUGGAGUGUUGCAAGAUAGAAAGUUGAACCUGGUCACAGCUGUUGCGAUUUAAAUUCUCUUUUACUAUCGUCUAAAACUUUGCACAUUAUUUCAAAUACUUUGGCUCAUUUUGAAUCAGUUUUCAACCCAAACCUCUCGCAACUUUCUGCUUUCUACAAUGCCCCAAAUAUCUGUUCUGUGCUACUCUUAUAAACGAAAGAAGACAUAAGAGCAGAGAAGAGUUGGUGAAAGGAUGGGGACAAUGCUGGUGGGUAUUUGGGGAUCUGGAGGUCGGUGCCGCGUGGCAAGAUGAAGCCUUUUGCUCGUUGUUGCCACCUCCUUGGCUUUGCCACCUUCAGUAUAUAAACAGCUGUCUUAUUAGCUUUUUACAUUUUUAUCUAUAGAGGAUCUAAUUUAUGUCCAGUGGUCGCUUGUUUAUGAAAUAUGUAUAAUAUCAGAUGAUUAUAAUCUGCAUGAUUCAAUAACAAAAAUAGCUGAGGGAAUGAAAAGAAAAAUACACAUCCAUAAGAAACUCUGACAUGAUGGGACAGAGCACCUAGUGUGAAACUGUAAACAACAACUAAAAAAAAAAAAAAACACUGGGCCAGUGGUGGGACACGUUGUGAUCUUGAUGGACCUUGCUGAUGAAGGACAGUCGUGCACUCCUCAUUGGACGGCUGGAACCGCCACUUUGGUCCCAGUCUCUCUAACAUAUUCUCAUCACUGUCCUCCCAUUUCUCCCAGUCACUGUUACAAACGUCAUUCAAUGUCUACUUGUCAUCUAUAUAAAGAAAUGCUUGAUACAUGUUUUGGGCACAGUUAAAGCAUUUUUAGAGAAAUUUUAAUAUAAAUAAUGUUUUAUCUAAUACGUUUCAGAAGUGUUAACAUGUAUUUUUUUUUCCCCCUACUUGAUUUUUACUGCCUUCCAUUAUGAAACAGAUUUUGUGGGUUAUUCUUGUGUUUUUGGACGUUUCGGUCUUCCAUGUGAACACACGUGUGAAAACCUCUGACAGAGAAGCUUAUUAUGCAGUUACUUUGCUCAGUACUUACUUGAGAUGUUACAAAGGUUAGCAAAAAAAUAUAUCUCGCGGAUCCCCUAAUGAGAAAGUUAUGAUGCAAUGAGGAGAAAUGUAGUUAAUUGCUGGGGAAACCAUUCUUGGUUUUGUUCAGCCUGAAAUAUCUGGUUGUCUGUAUGCUGUUCUCUGAAGAUGUAAAGUCUGAACAGCUCCCCUGUCAAUCAGUUGUCAGCAAGCUCUCCAUUCGUUCCAUCCGUUUAGAGCUAGAGAGCUGGUAAACAGAUGUCAAAUUAAAUAUCUGACAUACAGAGUAAGACAUUAACUCGUUUGGAGUUAUCCGGCCAUCAUGUAAAUCAUUUCAGUCUGUAUUGGUCUUUUAGGGCUAGUAGAUAUUUCAUUGGUUUUUCCAGGUAAAGGUUAACAUUUUCCCCGUUUCCACCAAACGGUCCGGUUUGGUUCAGUACAGUUUGGUUCAGUUCGGUACGGUAAACCCUGAACUUGCUUGCGUUUCCACAGCCAACCGUAACCUUAUUUGGUAAGCGGAGUGUAAGCCAGAUGGAGAUAGCCGCGUCAGCUAUGUAAUAGUGUGACAUUAAAGCAGCCCAGCACAGUGUAGCUAGCUAUUAAUUAAGUUAAACGUUCAAGAAGAACAGGGACACAGUAAACAAGGGACCCUUUAGGGUCGGAUCGCUCCCCUUUGAACCCCAACUGAAGGGUUUCAAAAAAGUAGGACGGUACCAAUCCCUUAUUUUGGUACCAUUCCCAACUUAUGACGGUGGAAACUCCAAUAAAUGGUAACCGUACCGGACCGAACUGAACCGGACCACUCUGUGGAAACGGGGCUUUAAUCUGCAUAAUAUAACUACAACAAUGGGGUGAAAGUGGCUAGCAUGCUACGCUAUCUAAAGGGAAUCAGGGGAUAUUUCGGUGUAGGUAAUUGUUACUUUGAGCGACAUCUUCACAUGACACAGUCUUUUAAUUCAUUCGCAGUAUUAAAAAAAAAAAAAAAAAGCACGGAUCACUGCAGCUUUAAACAGUGACUCAAUGAAAUAAAACAAUAUGUGCAUGCUCACAAACACUGCCUGAAAAGUUCAAAACCACAAGAUUAACAUGGGUACUUGUUUUGUUUUUUGUUGGAUUUAAUCUUAAAUUAUGGUGUAUGAGUUUGUAAUUGUAUUUAUAGGAGUGGUGAAUGUGUGGCCUGUGCUUUUCCUUCCUGCCCCCCCUCACAGACAACGCCGAGACUUAUAGUGUGACUUACAAUUGCAGCUGUCUACCACGAAAACCUGUUGGCUGUAACAUAUAUCUUGGAUGACCUUUAAUACUAUACUAUGCAUCACUUAUCAUACAUAACAGUCCCUCUAAUCAAGCCUGACCAAUGUUAGCCGUGUUGCUGUCAUUGUGCUUCUGUUAACAUAAGCAGUGAAGCACACUGCUCGUAAGAUUUGCAAUAAGCAGCCAUUAUUCUUUCUUCUAUCCUCUAAAGGGAGAAAACUGUGAACUCUCAUGCAUAAAGACGUGUAACCAAAACCUAUAACACAGAGUUAGUGAUACUCAAAGAAGCUUUUCCAACACUUGUGACCAUGGCUUUGUCACCCAUGUUGUCUUACCCCUCUCAUCCUGACCUGAAACUGUCAAACUGCUGUUAAUGUGUCCGAGGAAACAUGAGAUGGUGUAUGCUAUUUUGCUUUGUUUUUUAUUUCUCUGGUCAUAAGACACUGGACUGUUGUAAAGAGAUUUUUGCUUGCAGCGAUAGCAGCACAUAAACUGUAAACCGCUGGAAUAAAAGGCCUGUCUCUGCUGUAUUGGUCAGACAACUGGUGGAAGAGAAACGGCUGAAGGCAUCAGGAGAGAAGAUGUGCAUUGUGGGCGAGGUGGUGAGUUGAAGGGUGGAGAGCUUGUAUUUAUAUAUGAAUAUCCAGAGAGCUGUGUGGAAAACAUGACAAGAACACAAACAAACACACACACACACAGAUUUGCUUCUGAGAUAAGGCGGGGAAGUAGGAUUGGAAAGACACCAGUGCAGAAAUGUCUGCUGAAUGGGUGCUUUAUGUUUUGAGACAUGUUUAUUGAAGCAAGAGCCCCAGUUAUCAGUGGUUAGCUGAAAGUGCUGUUAAUCACCACCAGGAGGCAGAUGUAGAAACAACCUCUUCUGUCUGCUCAAGGUGAGGACGAGCUGUAAUGAACGUAAAUUACUGUCUUGUACAGAUUGUGACUUUGAGAUCAGUGACAAAAUAGUGUCUCUAAAACUAAAACUGGACUUUUUGUCCAGCAAAAAUGAAACACAUACUGGCCCACUUAGAGUAGAAAAUACCAACACAGUUCAGGUUGGGGAUAGAUGCUUUUUUUUCCCCCUGUGAAGAGCAUCAAAUGACUCUGCUGUUAGCCUCCACCUUCAAUUCUCCACUGCCUUUUGCUCUACAUUCCCCUAGUGCUUGGUGGUGUGUAUUUGCUGUAUUUGCAUUCAGUCUCAAUGGAAAACAUACAUGCAUAAAUAAAUGUCUCAGUAUGAUUCAAACAC